CGCAAGGUGGCGCAAUAAGUAAAAUCAUUACUGACAGAUUAGUCCUGUUGCGCGAAGUAAAAUCGUUUUGAAAGUUGUAAAUACUUAAGUUAUUUUUCUAAUAUUUACUUAUAUUAAUAAAACUACGUUUAAGUUUUUUAUUUAACAAUGGCUGUUCAUUCGGCUCCACCAAAACGUAAAGAAAUUUAUAAGUAUGAAGCUCCUUGGACUGUAUAUUCAAUGAAUUGGAGCGUUAGACCAGAUAGAAGAUUUCGUUUGGCAUUGGGAAGUUUUAUUGAAGAAUAUAACAAUAAAGUUCAAAUAGUUUCCUUAGAUGAAGAAACAUCAGAAUUUACUGCAAAAAGCACUUUUGAUCAUCCAUAUCCAACUACCAAAAUUGUGUGGAUUCCAGAUACUAAAGGCAUGUAUCCGGACCUUCUUGCGACAAGUGGUGAUUAUCUAAGAAUUUGGAGAGCUGGAGAAACUGAUACAAGAUUAGAGUGUUUAUUGAAUAAUAAUAAAAACUCAGAUUUUUGUGCUCCACUUACUUCUUUUGAUUGGAAUGAAGUUGAUCCAAAUUUAUUGGGUACAUCAAGUAUCGAUACUACCUGCACCAUCUGGGGCUUAGAAGUAAGUAAAAAUUAUUUUAAUUUAAAUUCUAAAAUUUAGCUUCAAUAUAAAUUG